AUGGACAACGUUAAUGAAAUAUCUGUUGAACGUCGACGUAGAUUAAAAAGAGAGUCUUAUACACAUCAGAAUGCUAAUCAAACUCCUGAAGAAAAAAAAGACGUAAAAAGCAGUGUAGAGAAGCAAAG